AUGGGACGUCAGUUGCUUCGACAUUUCUUACGUGACUCAACAAAUAUUGCUGUGCAACUCACUCGUACACCGUUAUUGCCAAAUUCCAUCGAUGAACUUGUAAAGCAAGCUAGUUCAUUAGUUUCUUCUGUUAGCCAAACACUCUUACAAAUCGAUCUUCCUGACAACACAGCUUUAGAAUCGAUGGAAGCACCAGUGUUCUAUGCUGAUGUUUAUGAAUCAAACCAAAUACAUACGUGUUUAUUUGGAUUUAAAAGGGCUGGAAAUCAGAUUCCUCUUCACAAUCAUCCAAAUAUGUAUGGAUUUAUAAAAGUUAUUAGAGGAUCAGUGCAGAUUAGAUCGUAUUCAUGGCUAAAUGUGGAAGAGAAGACGAAUGUCUUAAUGGAUAACAGUUUUUUCUCUCACUUGAUGGCGCAUCCUGUAAAGAUCACUCAGGUUUUCUUUUUGCUACUUUUUGUGAAAUAUUUAACAGUUUCUAGGUUCGAAGGAGUGGUCACACGAACCAGUGAUGAUGAUUGUGUCUGUUUGACUCCGCAGAAAGGCAAUAUUCAUUGCAUAACUGGUUUGGAAGAUGGUGCAACGUUUUUCGAUUUGCUUGUUCCCGGGUAUGGCUUUAGUCCAUGUACUUAUUAUAAGAAUUAUAUGACAUUUGAUGAAAUUAAUGAAAAUAGCGAUUUAUCUUCGAAAAUUUGUUUUUUACUCGAAAUUCCUCCACCAAAAUCAUAUUUUUGCCAUGUCAUUCCUUAUAACACGAUCACUGAAUUGUAA